UGGACGAAUGUAAUGAAGACAAUGGUGGAUGCAGCCACAUGUGCACAAACAUUGUCGGAUCUUUCUACUGUAGUUGUAAAGAAGGAUACAAACUGAACACAGACGGACGAUCAUGCGAAGAUGUGGAUGAAUGCAGUCUCGGAACAGCAGCUUGUUCUCAGAAAUGUACAAACACUGAAGGUUCCUUUAAAUGUUCCUGCACCACUGGAUAUAUGUUGGGUGUUAACAGACGUUCAUGUGAAGAUGUCGACGAGUGUGUAGAUGGAACAGCCAAUUGUGAGGGUUACUGCAACAACACCCCUGGAUCUUACACGUGUUCCUGUGCCUCAGGUUAUAUUCCUGAUAUUGAUGGUUCUUCGUGCAAAGAUGUUGAUGAGUGUGCCAGUGGAAACGGUGGGUGUGAUCAAAUAUGUAUCAAUGAACCAGGUUUUCAUAGGUGUGAAUGUCGAAAAGGUUACAGAAUUGCAAAUCGAGGCACAAAUGUUGAUUUGUGCAAAGAUAUUGAUGAAUGUAUGGCAACUAAUUCAUUGUGCUCUCAAACUUGUGACAACACAGAUGGCUCCUACAAGUGUAGUUGUAAUACUGGAUUCUUUCUAGACAGAGAUGGUAUUUCUUGUGUAGAUGUUGAUGACUGUGAAGAUGUUGUUUGCAUGAACAAAGGUACAUGUGUUGAUGGGUUGAACAAAUACACAUGUAUGUGUGAAACAGGUUUCAGCGGCAAGCAUUGCGAAUUAGACAUAGACGAGUGCGAAGUUUUAAAUGGUGGAUGUCAAGAUUUGUGUACAAAUACAGAGGGCUCAUUUAACUGCAAUUGUUCAGGAAAUCGUCAAUUACAAGACGAUGGUAUUACAUGUGCUGGGGGGGUCGUAGAAAAAGAAAAUGUGUUUGAACGACUCAAAAUACCUCGACAGCUCCUACCGAAACCAUGUUUUACUACUACGCUUGCCAAAUGCAUAGAUGGAAAUGACAUCACUGUCUACCUUAGCUCUACCUCGGAAUGGUACAAACUGACUGCAGAUAAGAGCGUUAUGUUUACACUCGGUGUCGUCUAUGUUAACGUAAACAGUUUGUCUGUUCCGAUAUCACUGACGGGAAUUGAGGUGACUGUACAAAAUAACGAGUUUGCAUUAAACUAUCGAGUUCUGCACGAAUUGAUUCAAGGAACAAUAACAGAAAGCGGAAAAGCAGAUGCAUGUGAAUCAUUAGACUUGAUAGAAAGUGAUUUAUUUGAUUUUAUAAACAUGGAUUCCUUUAUGAAAACAUUAUUAUUCUCCAUCAAACCAGCAAUUCCUUCUUGGUUGAGAUUCGAAAGAUCAGGAACUGAAGUUUUGUCUAUUGAAGAUACAAAUAGUAUUCUGGUUUAUGGUAGAGACAUGGAUGACGUUUUGUGGUGUGAGGGUGCACCAGUUAUAUCAGAUCAUUUAUACACAGUAUUUAAGUUUAGCACAGGGUUUAAUGUCAGUGUUUUAGGCAACGAAGUAGAAAUGCCUGUUGCUAGUGCGAGACGAUUUUGCCUGAUUGUCGACCUAUGUCAAAAUAACGGCGGGACAGUAUUUUUAAUGAUACCAGAAGGAUCCCGAGAUAUGUUGCUAAACAUCGAUUUGUUUAAAUCUCUAAAGAAUAAUCAGAAUUUAUAUAUUCAACCAAAAGGAAUCGGAAUUUCACAUUCCAAUGGUAUCAAUGCAAGCUACCACACUUUAUAUGGACAACUUUGGAAUGGAAAUAACAUGUUCACACCAUCCCAACCUACUGUGAAUGUCUGGAUAGGUGGUAGUGUGAGAAAGCAUGACAAAUAUUUUUCUGUUCACGGAAACGCUGAAAUUUUCAUCGGUGUUCCAAACGUUGAAACAAUGCUGACAUCACUGUUUGUCGAAGAAUGGACAGGAUUUGUCGAUAUCCAACUUUCUCUGUCACCAACAUUGCGAUUUAAUCUUUUUGGAAAAGAGCGAACGGUGAAUUUUCCGUUGCUCUCAUCUAAAGUAGAUGCAUAUAUUUCUAUCGGAGGUUCAAAUCGCCAAUGGUGCGGUGAUGAUUCCAACCCAGAAGGACUGUUUCUCUCAGUAAUGCUUGAAUUAAAUCCAUUUAAGGGAAUACCUUUUUUGGAAGACUUCUUAUUGUCAUCAAUUAAUCAGGUACAUAUGUUCGUGAGCACUGAUCCGAAAUUUAAUAAAGUAAACGGAAUGCAGUUCAAUAUUACAAACGAUAUACUCGAACUUAUAAGUUUUCUUGAUGUAACCACGAAUAUACUUGACGAAGCGAUAAAUAGUACUGAAGUAUCACUUUCAAACACAUUGAAAGAAAAUGUUGCAGAAAUUAAAGAUGCUUUAAGUGUUAUCAAGGCUACUAUUGGUGUAUAUCUUAAUGGUUUCUUUUCCGGAAAUGUCAAAGAGUUGAUGAAACAUAUUGAAGACAUUUGGCGAAACAUAGAACGUAUCAGAUCAAUAUUUAACGUACUACUGGAUGAAACUGAAUUCGUCAUCAAUGGAGCAAAUAAUGGGUUCAUAGGAUUGCUAGGAAUUCAAAUCAAUGUCAUUAGAGAUAAUAUCAAUAAUAUAACUACAAGAUUAACUGAAACAAUAGCAUAUACUGUAGGAAACUAUACAGGCUUUGGAUUAAAAUUCACUGCAGAGUGGACAUUUUUGGGGUUAAAGUUUUUGGGAUUAGACUUGGAAAUGAUAUAUUCAGAGUGGGAUCUGUAUAGAUGUAGCCGAUUUCAAAAAGUGAAUGAAUUACUGAAUGGAGAAAACGCUAUACGGAUACUUGGAAGGUUUUCUGAAGAUAAAAGAUUAGGUUUCUUUCUGAACUAUGUUAAAGGAUUUAAUAUAAGCAUAGCAUUCUCAACAACAUCUUCUAAUGUCAUCUUGCAACUGCAGGCGCGCAUACAAAUGCUAGGAAUGAUGGUUACAGCAGAUCUAUCAAUAAGCAAGAAAGGUAUAUAUUUUUAUUUAGAAGGAAACAUCUGGGACAUAUUCUUAGCUCAAAUAGAUGUUUCAGCGGAGGUUGGAAAAGAUUGGGAUGAACUGAUGUUUCAUCUUCGUGGACGAUUCAUUGCAAAAGAAACGAAAGAAAGAAAACGCCGAGAAUAUAUCUCUGAAACUGUAUUAGUGCAACACCACAAAGUGAAUUUUAAAAGAAUACGUCGACAAUUACAAACAGAAAGAUCCUCCUUUCAAGAUAGUUAUUUAGGUGGCUUAAAAAAUGUAAUUCUGCUGAUUUCUAAUGAGGCCCAAAAUAGGUUGACUCAAGUUCAAAACGCGAUAACAUCAGCACAAAAAGGUGUCACUACGGCACAAGACUGGUUACAAAGAAAGCAAAAUGACGUCAGGACUGCCAAUGUUUUUUUCAACCAGGCCGUAGAAAAGCUUGAAGAAGUCAAACAAAAACUUGAAGAUGCAAAAGGUCCUAUGCAUGAAGCAAUAAAAAAAAUAGAAAAGGCACAACGAAACGUCGAUAAUCUGUGUAGAAUAAGGACGUGCAAUAUGAUUUGCAUACCUGGCAUUAAAUGUAAAGUUUGCUUCAAUUUUUUAUUUCCUUAUCCAUGCUGUGAAUUCACAAGUUGUAUGCUCAGUUUUCCAGAUCUAUUUUGCGUGGUGGCAAAUAUAGCUUGUUCGGUAAUUCGAGCUGCAGCUUAUCUUGUACUUGAAGCUGCAAAAAUAUUUGUAAGGGUUGCAAUGCUUGCAUACGACGUAGCUUCAGCAGCUGUUUCAGUAGCACAGUUCGUUGUAGAUAAAUCUCGCGCUGUUUUAGUUGUAGCAGAUGGAAUUUUAGAAUUAGCUAAAAUUGGCUUAGAGGUAGCAAAAAACAUUAUGGAGGCAGCAAAAAUGGCUUUAGAAGCAGUCAAAAUUGUAAUCGGCGCCGCGGCUGAAGUUCUUCAGUUUGUCAUAGAGUAUGGCUUGAAAAAUAUUAUAGAUGUAAGAAACUGUGGAUUUGAUAUUACAAUGUCAACAAAAGAUCUUCCUGUGUUUGAAGUUUCAUGUGAAGUGAAUGCUUUUAAGCUAGGCUGGACUGAAAUUAAAUUAAAAAUAAAUUUUAAAAACAUAUUGCAGAGUAUUUGGCAGGCAGCACGGGCAACAAUUCAAGCUAUAAUUGAUACUUUUGGCGGAAUAUUUUCUGGUCGUAAACGUAGAGAUAUAGAGUUCGAUGCCUCAUCAAGAAUGCAUGUGUUGCUUCGUAAAAUUCGGGAAGCAGACGAUAUUGACAAUACUUUACUGAAUGAAACGAUUGAUUUGAGUAAAAAUAUUAGUGGUUUUCGCGGAUCAGAGAAAAGCGAUUCUGAGAAUAGAGUAGAAUUAUAUAGGGAAAAAUGUAUAACAAUAACAUUGAUACAGGACUUUAUGCAAGACGCUUUUAAAUAUUUGCAAAAGGUUGUAAAUGAAUCAAAAGCCUAUAUUGGAGUAAUUGACAACGUAAAUAGGCAGCUUCAACAGUUUAGCAGUAUAAAUGUAACAUCUUCAAAUUUGACGAGUGCCAGCGCCGGGAUAAGUAGAGAACAUGCUGCUAUGGAUUAUAAUAUGACAGAGAAUGACAUUGACAAAGCGAUUAAUGAUGCAAAAUCGGCAGCAUCUGAAGAUCCAUUGUUUAUUGAAAUUCAGUCGGCGGUCAGUGUUUCACGUAAAAUUGUUGACGAUGAAAUAGAAUCUGUUGAAACGAUUGAUUUUCAAUCUGCUUGGUUCACUUUGAUGAAAAAUAUCACAAAGCAUUAUUUCAAUGAGUCAGAAUGUGAAGACUUCCAAGAUUGUAUAUUUCACGCUAUUUCCAACUUGUAUGUCAUUUAUGAAUCAGAGAAUGUUCCAAACAUAUCCAACAUAAAACAGUACAUUCUUGACCUUGAAAAUUUACUGAUUGAAACAUUUCAGAACGAAUCUUCCACUAUAGUGGAGACAGCAUCGGCGUUUGAUUCUGUUCUCUAUCACAUUAACAGACUUGUCAGCAUGAAUUUAUUUUGUUCAGAGGCUCCGAAAUUUGUUAAACAGCUUGACAACAAGACGGUUAUAUACGGCAGCGAUGUUACAUUCUUCUGCAAUGCUACAGGUGAUCCAAAACCUGAGUUUUAUUGGCUAAGAAAUGAAACAAUUAUCCGAGAAGAACGUUCCAAUGUGCUGAUCGUUUUAAACGUUACAGAAAUUGAUUCUUACGACAAGUACAAUUGUAUUGCUGGGAAUAUAGUUACUAAUAUCACCUCUUCUGAUGCUUAUAUAAGUGUUGUACUACAAGAUAUCGAUGAGUGCAAUACAGAAACGAGCGUCUUUGUGUGCGAUCAUAUCUGUAAUAACCAAGUAGGUUCAUACGCUUGUUCUUGUAAAGAUGGAUAUACACUACAAGAAGAUAUGAGAACAUGUGUCGAUUUUAACGAAUGUCUGGACAACAACGGCGGUUGCCAUAGCAUAUGCAACAACAUUGUUGGCUCAUUCAUUUGUACCUGUAAUGAAGGAUAUAGUUUACAAGAUGACAACAAAACAUGUGUCGAUAUUGAUGAAUGCCUUGUCAACAACGGUGAUUGUGAUCACACAUGUAGCGACCUAGAUGGUUCGUUCACAUGCUCUUGCAACAGCAGAUAUAGCUUGCAAGAAGAUAUGAAAACAUGCAUCGAUAUAAACGAAUGCCUGAAUGCAAAUGGUGGUUGUGAUCACACAUGUAGCGAUCUGGAUGGUUCAUUCACAUGCUCUUGCAACGGCGGAUAUAGCUUGCAAGAAGAUAUGAGAACAUGCAUCGAUAUUAACGAAUGCUUGAAUGCAAAUGGUGGUUGUGAUCACACAUGUAGCAAUCUGGAUGGUUUAUUCACAUGUUCUUGCAACAGUGGAUACAGUUUGCAAGACGAUAGGAGAACAUGUGUCGAUAUUGACGAAUGCUUAUCUUAUAACGGUGGUUGCAGUCACAUUUGCAACAACACAAACGGCUCGUACAGUUGUCUAUGCAGAGAUGGAUAUUUCCUACAUGCAAACAGAAAAUCAUGCGUAGACAUCGAUGAAUGUCUUUAUAACAAUGGCGGUUGCAACCAAAAAUGCGAAAAUCAAGACGGAUCUUUCAAAUGCAUGUGUAAUGAAGGGUACCAACUCGACAUGGGUUCUUUUUCUUGUCUUGAUAGAAACGAAUGUGAAGAGAAUAAUGGUCAAUGUGAAGAAAUAUGUAUCAACUUUGAUGGAACGUACAUUUGUAAUUGCCAACAGAAACGACUUCUGAAUGAAGACGGCUUAACUUGUAAAGAUGUUUCUGGUACAGUGGUAUCAUCAACUAUACAUCUAUCUAUAGACAGUGAAACAGCUUUAAGAAACUACACCUUGUUUACAGAAAUCAUGAAUGCAUUGCAGAGUUACUUCAGAGAAACGUUAAAAAAUUUAGUUUUCGUUUUUGUCCACACUAUAAGAGCCGGAAGUAUUAUUGUAGAUUACACUGUCGUUAUUGAUGACAAGGAAAAUCAGACUAAUGUAGCUGAUACAGUUGUUCAGACGAUUAUGGAUUUAGAGGAAGGUGGAAUCCUGGUCAUUGAUGGCAAACCUGUUCCUGUGAAACCAAUAUUUCCAGCAAGUGCUGGUCCAUGUGAACUACGGGAACUUCUAGCAGGACAGUGUGAUAAUAACACAGUUUGUCAAGUUGUAAGCAACAAACCAGUUUGUCGGGAAGCAAAAAACAACAUAGAAAACGUCGACGAGGAGAAUUAUCUUACCAUUGUUGGGCUGGUAUUUGGAGUUGUUGUUUUCUUAGUGACAGUGAUAUUGUUGAUAGUUUGUGUGUUAAGGAAAAGAAACUAUAAAAAAUGGACACCAAACAGAAGAAAAUCCUCUCGUAAAUCGGAAGAAAAUGUUGCACUGCCUUACCUAGGCCGGAGGAAUCUGCCAAAAAGGGCCACAGACACUGGCUCUGUACAAAUGAUGGAUUAAAGUGUUGGCCACCUCAAUGGCAGGGACAGAUUACUCAAUUUGGAAGUUUUUUAAGAAGUGUACAUAGAAGGAUUAUAAAUUUACGCAAAAACAGUUGUUGCUUUUUUCAUCUCGUUUUGAUAAUUAUUCUCUAUUCUCGAGUGUUGCUUUUUAUACCAUACAAAUAUUUUUUUCCAGAAAUGACAUUUCUAGGAUACAGUUUUAAUUUUUAUAUUUUUAUCUUUAUAUUCGUUGGCUUUGUUAACGCAUCUGUUUAUAAUAACAAUACAUAUUAC